CUCAGCACCAAUCAGCCACACACAGCGACAGGAGACACCUCACCUCCAGUCAUCGCUUCACGGACAACAGGCACAGCCAGGACGCCAUCACAAACGCAAACAAUUCUAUCUACUUUUCCUUCCGUCAAGAAUGUUGUUUUGUGCGUAAAGAUGGUGUUUUUGUAGCGAUCGCUCGGCGUGUGUUUAUUGUGUAUUCAUCGCAGUAAUGUGCUGCUCGAGUGUCUGGAUUGUCUGUGAAGAAAAUAAACCAGGAUGGUAACGUGUUGUUUCUAACCAGCUUCACCUUGCCAAACAACAACUUACAACCCUGAAAUACUCAUCGUGACCUCUUGGCAUCUUAGCAACAGUCAUGUCUAAUAUUAACAAUGCACUUUGCAUUGAGACCGGACCGAGCACAGACUUGUCACUCUUGCAAAAGGAUAAUCUUCAGGAUGGUGGAUUAAGCCAGCUGUUGGAUUACAAUGCCGAAAUGGAAAGGUACAGGUCUUUCGCGAACUUUUACAAAACCAAUGGGGCAUUUCCACAGACUGCUAAGAUCGCCCGCAUAACGACACCAAUUUUUCCCAGCGCCAGAAUUGGCGUGUCCCCUUGGAACUGUGAUAACGGCAUGCUCUGGGGAAGGAAAUCAGCGGCAAUAAACCCUAAUAGGACCGGCAUGCAUAGAAACGACUCCCCAAGGCCGGGGAAACCUGGCGUGCUGCCAGAGACGCUGCAAAUGGCAAAUAAUAAUUUCCUCUCUAGCUUAUCCCCUGAACACUGCAGACCUUUAGCGGGAGAAUGCAUGAACAAGCUGAAAUGUGGUGCUGCCGAAGCAGAGAUAAUGAAUCUCCCGGAACGUGUUGGAACUUUUUCCGCUAUUCCGGCUUUAGGGGGCAUCUCAUUACCUCCUGGGGUCAUCGUCAUGACAGCCCUUCACUCCCCCACAGCCUCGGCAGCCGUUACAGACAGUGCGUUUCAAAUUGCCAAUCUGGCAGACUGCCCACAGAAUAAUUCCUCUGCAUCCAGCGGAAACCCGGCGAAAAAGAAAAGGAAAAGGUGUGGGGUGUGUGCGCCCUGCAGGAGGCUAAUCAACUGUGGAGUGUGCAGCAGUUGUCGGAACCGUAAGACGGGCCACCAGAUCUGCAAGUUUCGGAAAUGCGAGGAGCUAAAAAAGAAGCCCGGCUCAUCGCUAGAGAGAACACCAGUUAACAACGGGGAAGCAUUUCGAUGGUUCUUUUAGCGCUCUGGUUCAAGUGACCUCUUAGGUAGUGAUGUCACAGACUUACCACAAAAGGAACUUGCAGGGCUUUAGGAACCCAGAACCAAACCUGACUGUGGAUGACAGAGGACGAAAGAUAACGGGACAUGCAAAAUGCAAAUAUAAAAAACUGUACUUUCAUUCCUUGUGUAAUUAUUAUUGUACAUUUUGUACAUUUUUCAGUGUCUGUCAAUGUGUUUUAGUGUUAUGGCUGUGGUUCCAGCCGUUCUUAUGUGAAGGAUCAAGUCGACAAUCAUUACAAACAGGAGUAAAUGUCAACACAGGCCAACAAGAUUAUAAAUAUCAAACUUUUUAGAUCUGGAGCAAUAAUCAUAACGGUAAUUGUUCUCUGCCAUCAUAUUCCAGCAUUAUAUGGAAUGAGCUUAAAAAUACCUCUUUUGACCUGAACCGACAAUUUCGAGAGGACAUGUUGGUGUCCUCUGUAAUUAUAGUGAUGUUUUGUAAUUGACAUACUGUGUACAGACAGUAAAGAAAAGAAAAGCCAGGAGAUUUCUUUCUUUACAGCUGUGUUGAUUUUGUGUGGCAUAUUGCAGUGCAGGGCACGUCUGGUUGCCAUAGAGCACUUUUAAAAGUCUGGUAAUGUUGAGAGAAGAUGGUUUAAGAUUUUUAUUUAGUCUCUCAAAGUUUGAUUGUGUUCUGUUUAGUUUUGUUCGAAACUGCUUAAAAGCUGCCUAAUGGUAGGUUAAGGAACCAGUAAAGAACAUUUGUGGCAUCACAGAAAAAUUAGCAAUUUGCAUUUUGAAUGCACACAAUGCAGUAUACAACACAUUCCAAAAUGAAUAAUCAAAUAAGUUGGUCCAUUGUCUUUAC